AUGUUUGACGAAAGUCAACCACCCUCUCCGAACCAGCCAGUUGUGGCGUUAGCACCUCUGGAACCCGAAUGGCAGCCAAUCUUCCAGGCCUCUAAUCAGAUCGUGUUGUAUAAUCCAACGUCGCAUGCUCUAUCUAUAACCAAAUCCUCUGGUCCACUAGAUUUUUCAGGCUCGUCGUUGUGUCCCUGCUGUCAUCGUCCUCUUCCCAAUGGAUUCGAUAGAAAUGGCUCUUCCGAUAUUCGGUCCGAUUCUGGAUCGCAUUCCCGAGCAUCAAACUACUUUCAGCUUCUUGCUGCCGCAAAUCAGACGUCCUCGAGGCCAUCUAGUCCCCCUCUUACGAGUGGCAGUGGGAGCCGACAUGGUGCUUUCCCUCCAGAAACCAUGGCAGAAGGCUACUUCAAGGCCUUUUUUCAGGAGGAGUAUCGAUUAGGAAUGGGGGCAAAUGGAAGUGUAUAUCUCUGCCAGCAUGUCCUUGAUGGGGAACCACUUGGUCACUUUGCUGUCAAGAAAAUCGCAAUAGGAGAGUCCCACUCUUACCUGCUCAACAUACUGCGCGAGAUUCGACUUCUCGAGUCUCUCCACCAUCGCAAUAUAGUAACAUAUCAUCACGCAUGGCUGGAAACUUAUCAGUUCUCCGCUUUUGGGCCGAAAGUGCCUACCCUACACGUUCUCAUGCAAUGGGCGGAAGGAGGAAGUUUGGAUGAUUUUAUUUCCCUUCGCCUGGGACGUUCAAUCGGACUACCGCACAUGCAAUCCUCUUCAUCGCCUGCCCCUGACGAUCCAACUCCAUCUGCACGCAUCCGUGCAUUCCGUACCAUGAAGCGUGCCCCACCAGAGGAACGCGAGCGAUUGCGCCGAGAGAUGGAGGAAAGAACCAAUAGCCUCGGGAAUCGUCCCUCAUGGAAAGCUGUUCAUCUGAUCAGUGCAGAGGAAGCGCAAAGUUUGUUUGCCGACGUAACGCACGGAUUAGCCUUCUUGCAUGAUAAAUCCAUUCUUCAUUUGGACCUCAAGCCUGGUAACGUGCUACUGACUUGGGACGAAGGAAGACUCAUCCCUCGAGCAAUGUUAUCGGAUUUUGGGACCUCCCGAGAUAUGGUACGGUCGAGUGGCGUUCGAUCAGGUAAUACGGGAACUCUUGAAUACGCUUCACCGGAGUCCCUUCCAUCGCCUCUCACAGGACUUCUCCGACAGAUUGACUCAAAGUCUGACAUGUGGUCUCUUGGGAUGAUCCUGCACAAGAUGCUUUUCUUCAAGUUACCCUACCGCUACGCAACGGAAGGAGAAGCCGUUGCAUAUAAUGAAGCUGACAAGAUGGACAAGCUAGAGCAGGAAAUUUUGGGCUAUACUGGAUUCCGGUCAACGUCUGCACUUGUAACAUCUUUCGAGUCCCGCCGUCUCCCGCGUUCCAUCAACCCCUCUUUGAGACCCUCGUGCGAGCGCAUCGUGGGCGCUAUGCGAGAGGGACGAUUCACGCCUCAGUUCGAUCCUGUGGCGCCAUCCAUCCCUCCUUCCAACAAGUCUCUCAUCCCACUGCGACGAAAACCUGAUGAGUCUGAUGCCGUUCAGAACGAACACACUCUCCCUGAUGCUCCCCUGGCGCCUACAGAACACAUGCUGGAAGAAGUUGCUGAGACGUUGGAUAGAAAAAGUCCCAUGCUCCGUCUCCCGUCCCCACUUCCCGAUCGUCGGGCUGGCUCGAUGGACUUGAUAGUACAUUAUCUCACUUUCCUACGCUGGCGAUCACCGAAGAUUGCGUGGGUUAGUACGCUUAAAGCGUGCAUAUUCGCUGCGAAGACAUUGUCGGCAGUAUCUAUGUGGCCCUCCCGCCCGGUCCUCCUCGCCAUCGUAGGACUUCUCGCCAUUCUAGACACGAUGUUUGAUGGUCUCGAAGCUUCUUUGAUGCUUGGGGCGCUGCAUGUGGUGAUAAUUCGGUGGUGCUAA